AGUUGAAAAAAGUUGCCAUAUAAAACAAAUGACUAGCUAACAUGGCGUUCAAAAGUUGGAUAUUCAAAGUAUUUUAAGUUAUAUGCUUCUUUGAGUCGCUGCUUAUGUGAUUGAGUUCUUGGUGAGAGAAGAGUGCCCCUUAAUAUAGUGUUCGAACUGUGUAAUAAUCCGUUAAUUUGUAAUCAUCCACGAUGAGUGUUGACGCGUAUGGACCUAGUUCACAAACACUCACUUUUUUGGAUACCGAAGACGCUGAUUUGAUAGGUGCUGAUACUCAAGGUUCAGAAUGUGAAUUUACCGAUUUCACCAUUCCGUCCCAGACCCAGGCAUCACAGAUCGAGCACACGACGAAAACGCCUAAAAUUACGGGCUUACAGGUGAAUAACGAUAUCGGAAGUAAAAUAGCCAGUGCUGCUAAUGCUCUAGGCGAACUUCAAUUUGAGGAGGAAGAUGAAGAAUAUUUCAAUAGUAAAGAAUUACCUGACUAUGCUUGCAAGUAUUGUGGAAUACAUGAACCCAACUGUGUUGUUAUGUGCAAUUGUUGUAAGAAGUGGUUUUGCAAUGGACGUGGGAACACUUCUGGUAGUCAUAUCAUUAAUCACUUGGUGAGGGCUAAGCACAAGGAAGUUACUCUACAUAAGGACGGUCCGUUAGGAGAAACAAUAUUGGAGUGCUAUAGUUGCGGAGUCCGAAAUGUAUUUGUUUUGGGUUUCAUUCCUGCUAAAGCCGAUUCAGUUGUUGUGCUAUUAUGCAGACAGCCAUGCGCUGCACAAAAUUCUUUAAAGGAUAUGAAUUGGGAUCAAGAGCAAUGGAAACCUUUGAUUGCUGACAGAUGUUUUCUCACGUGGUUGGUUAAAGUUCCUUCCGAACAGGAACAACUCAGAGCUCGUCAGAUUACCGCACAACAAAUCAAUAAACUCGAGGAACUUUGGAAAGAUAAUGUCGAUGCUACUUUCCAAGAUCUUGAGAAACCGGGAGUGGACGAAGAACCACAGCAGGUUUUGCUACGUUACGAGGACGGUUAUCAAUACCAGAACAUAUUCGGUCCCUUGGUAAAACUAGAGGCUGAUUAUGAUAAGCGCCUGAAAGAGUCGCAGACGCAAGAAAACAUCGAAGUGAGGUGGGACAUUGGGCUGAACAAGAAAACUAUUGCCUAUUUCACACUGGCCAAGACCGAUGGAGACAUGAAAUUGAUGCAUGGCGACGAGCUGAGGCUGAGAUAUGUGGGGGAGAUGCACAAACCUUGGGCGGGUGUUGGACACGUGAUUAAGGUGCCCGACAAUUACGGAGAAGAUAUUGGUAUCGAGCUGAAGAACAACAAUGGAGUUCCUUCGGACUGUAACAGUAAUUUUGUGGUCGACUUCAUCUGGAAGAGUACGAGUUUCGACAGGAUGCAGCUGGCGCUUCGCAAGUUCGCCGUCGACGACACCUCCGUGUCCGCCUACAUCUACCACAGGCUGCUCGGACACGACGUCGAAGACGUCCUGUUCCGUUGUCAUCUUCCCAAGCAUUUUUCGGCCCCCAAUCUGCCCGACCUGAACCGUUCCCAGGUGUACGCGGUCAAGCACGCCCUGCAACGUCCCCUGUCGCUCAUACAGGGCCCCCCGGGCACCGGCAAGACCGUCACCUCAGCGACCAUUGUCUACCAGCUGGUGAAGCAGAACGGCGGGCCGGUGCUGGUCUGCGCGCCCAGUAACACGGCCGUCGACCAGCUGACGGAGAAGAUCCACAAGACGAACCUGAAGGUUGUCAGGCUGUGCGCCAAGUCUCGCGAGGCCAUAGACUCCCCAGUCAGCUUCCUGGCCCUGCACAACCAGAUCAGAAAGAUGGAGGGCAACACGGAACAGCAGAAACUGCAACAGCUGAAGGACGAGACGGGCGAGCUGAGCUCGGUCGACGAGAAGCGAUACAGGAUGCUGAAGAAGUUGGCCGAGAAGGAACUGCUUGAGGCGGCCGACGUCAUAUGCUGCACCUGCGUGGGCGCGGGCGAUCCCAGGCUGACCAGAUUGAAGUUUCACUCGAUACUGAUCGACGAAAGUAUGCAGGCCACCGAACCCGAGUGCAUGGUACCCGUCGUGCUCGGAGUCAAGCAGCUCAUCUUGGUCGGCGAUCAUUGCCAACUGGGACCGGUCGUUAUGUGCAAGAAAGCGGCUAGGGCGGGACUGUCCCAGAGCCUGUUCGAACGUCUCGUCGUGCUCGGCAUCAGACCCUUCCGUUUGGAGGUGCAGUACAGGAUGCACCCGGAACUGUCGAGGUUCCCGUCCAAUUUCUUCUACGAGGGAAGUCUGCAGAACGGCGUGUGCGCCAACGAGAGGAAGUUGAAGAUCGAAUUCCCUUGGCCCAUCGCCGAGAGGCCGAUGUUCUUCCACGUGACUCAGGGACAGGAAGAGAUAGCCGGUUCCGGAACCAGUUAUCUCAACCGGACCGAAGCGUCUAACGUUGAGAAAAUAGCCACCAAAUUCUUGAAGGCGGGGGUUAAGCCUGAGCAGAUUGGAAUAAUUACUCCGUACGAAGGACAGAGGGCUUAUCUGGUGCAAUAUAUGCAAUAUCAGGGAUCGUUGCACAGCAAACUGUAUCAGGAGAUCGAAAUUGCGAGCGUGGAUGCGUUUCAAGGUCGGGAGAAAGACAUAAUCAUCAUGUCUUGCGUCAGGUCCAACGAGCAUCAAGGAAUCGGUUUUCUGAACGAUCCGCGUCGUCUCAACGUGGCCCUGACCCGCGCGAAAUACGGCAUAAUCAUCGUGGGCAACCCCAAGGUCCUAUCCAAGCAACCCCUCUGGAACCACCUCCUGUCCUUCUUCAAGGAGCAGAAGGUCCUGGUCGAGGGUCCGCUGACCAACCUCAAGGAGUCGCUGAUACAGUUCGCGAAACCGAAGAAACUGGUCAAUUCCGAGAAUCCCGGCUCGCACUUCAUGACCACCUCGGUCUUCGACGCCAGAGAGGCUAUAAUACCGGGUUCGGUGUACGACAGGACCAACACCGCGAUCAACGGCCAGUACAACUACCCUAGGGGCGCGGUGCCGCUCGACAUGUUCAGCAGGACCCACGAUCCGAUCAGUUACAUCAGCCAGGAUCGCAGCCAGACGAGCAUGAACCUGCCGGUGCCGGUCGGUAUGUUCAUGAACAUGGCCCACAUUCCGCCCAGGUUCUACAACCAGCAUCAGCAGGCUCUACAGGCUAGACAGCAACAGCAGAAUCCGAGGAAUCGCAAACCUCCGCAGAGGCAGAAGGGCGGCAAGACGUUGAGUCAGGACCAGACCACGCAGCCGUUCAGCCAGAGCCUGCAGCUGACGCAGGGCAUGUCGCAGCCGGGUCUGUCGCAGCCAGGGUUCAGCCUCUCGCAGCCGGGACUGAGUCAGGCCGAGCUCAGUCAGGAUCCGUACAUGAUCGAGUAUCAGAGUCAGAUGGACGGGUUGCUGUCGCAAGACUCCACCUAUCAGGGGGAUAGGUCGUUCUAUCAGCCGAAUGCUCAGUUUUCCCAACCCUACUGAUCAAGUAACGAAAAGAGGUGUACUACCAUGAUCGCGGAAGCGGUUCCUUGAAAAUUAGCAAGUGAAUGGUCUGAUUGUCAAAUUGUCAGUAAAGCAACUUACGAACAUGAGACGUGGAUCACGACAAACAAAAAAAAUAAUGGGGAGAGCAGAGAGAUUCUCGCUUCCAACGAUCACGAAACAAAAAACCACUCGUGGAUAACUGCAAGAUGAAUUUUUUUAGAAAAAAAAACAAACUCAAAACAAAACCACCAAUUAACACAAAACAAACAAAAAAUAAUAAAUAAAAACGAAAAAUAACGAAUACGAGGGACGAACCCCUCUAGCCUUUCCUGUACCCGUUGACUCGUUUUGCUUUCUUGCGAAUAUUUCCGUUUCACAACUGUUAUAUAUGUAUUUAUAUGGACGAUCUGAUAUUUCUUCUUUCUAUUUGGUUACUACAUACUUACUACUACUACUGAUGAUGUUGAUGAUGACGAUGAUGCAGACGCGUCAUCCGCCGCGCCUCUGUCGUUACGUUACGCAGGAUAUCACGAGAGGAAAAUCGAAACAGAAACGCUUAUUGGCCGUCGCCGACGGAUGAUGGAGCCGAUGUAUCGUCGUUCUGUAGGUAUUCUGCGUCUUCUCUACUUUUUUUUUUUUUUUUUGGUUGGAGUUUGGAAGGGGAAUAUUUUUUUUUCGAUAUGAAUAAACGUUGAUUCUUCCGCUUAUGAUGAAAUCAGAA